GAGAUCCGUUAAGUCGGUUAGUAAGGUCGGAGGAAUAUAUUCACAAAAUGAAGUUCGCUAUCGCCUUGUGCCUGCUUUUGGCCACCAGUGGUUUCGCCGCCCUGGUGCCCACCCAUCCCGCCGAUCUGGUAUCCAUGUUGGCCCGCCAACAGUUCGCCGUGCGCUCCAUGAUGGCCGCCCCCGAGGCCCGCGAUGAGUCGACCCUGAUCAACGACUGCUUCAGCCACUACAUGGAGGACCAGACCAACGUGAUCAUCAGCUACAACCAGCAGUACACCGGUUGCCUGAGGACCGCCCAGUCUGGUCGGGAUGAGCUCACCCAGGAGAGUGCCUCGGAGCGCCAGGCCCUCCUGGAUCGCACCAACAAUAUGUGCACCAGCCUGACCAAGUGCGACGAAAAAGUCGAUGGACUGGAGUUCUUCGACUGCUACCGCAAUGCCUCCUCCGACAGCUACAGGGUGAUGUUCACCCUGAACAGUGACUCCAGCCUGGACUACAACCGCAUUAGUGCCAGGUACCAGGUGAUCGAGACCGAUCUCACUGACUGUGUGGAUACGGCUCGUGUGAAAUACGCCCACGAUAUGGAUAGCUGUGACGAGAGCUUGACGGUCUGCUUAAACGGAAAUGCUGAUGCCGACACCACUCCUGCUGCUCCUACUACUACUCCUGCUGCUCCCACCACAACUCCAGCUGCUCCCACCACCACUCCAGCAGCUCCCACCACCACUCCUGCUCCUCCCACCACAACUCCAGCUGCUCCCACCACCACUCCAGCUGCUCCCACCACCACUCCAGCUGCUCCCACCACCACUCCCGCUGUUCCCACCACAACUCCCGCUGUUCCCACCACAACUUCCGCUGUUCCCACCACUACUCCCGCUGCUCCGACCACAACAGCUGAGCCCACCACCACUCCAGCCGCUCCCACCACAACAGCUGAGCCCACCACAACUCCAGCUGCUCCCACCACAACAGCUGAGCCCACCACCACUCCAGCUGUUCCCACCACCGAAGCUCCUGAAGUCGCCACCACCGAGCGUUCACCUGAGGAGGACCUCAACAGGUCUGCCGCCGUAGCUCACAAGAGAACUUGGAAUCUGUUCAAGCGCUUCUUCUAAGAGUUAAAAUUUUUUAAAUAUUUAUUGCAUUCAUUUAAAAAUUGUAGUCUCCGUAAAAGUCCCAAUAAAAGCGGUU